AUGCUGCGGCGCGCAGCGGUCGUUUCGCGACACGCAAACCUCUUGUCAAUCGCCUCUCCUCGUCUCCCCGCCCAUCGCAUUCCCUCCAUCAGCCGACAGAUCUCUUUCCUACCAUGGCGGAGUAGGCCAGCGCCGGAGGGGCUUCCGGUGUACUUUGCCAAGCCCAUUGUUCCGCCCAAGCCAGGUGCCUUUCGGCGUCGCUUGAACCGAGCCGUCUUCACCUGCAUCGCAGCAUAUGCCUGUUGGCAAAUCUUCGCGACCGUUGUCUUCGACCCGCUACUAGACUGGGCAGAUCACGAGUGGGAGGCGUUGUCAGAGAAGGAAAAGAAAGAGAUGGAAGAUAUGGCAGACGAGGACGAGCCCAUCUUGUUCCUCCCAUUCCCUUUCACGACGAAGGAGGUCAGGCAGCCACCGUACAAAGGCUCUGAUCCCGAGUGGGCGACAUUUAUCGCUGUGAACAAAGAUCAACAGUUACAAAAGGACAUCAAAAUGGGACUCGCGGAACUGAUCCGCCGAGGGGUUGAACGGAACCCUGCAUAUGUUCAGCUUCUGGGUGGUCGCGAUAUCAAACUGAAGAAACUGUGGCUGGAUAUCAUAUACCCACCUGCGCCACCGCCCAAGCAUUAUGUUUCUGGCAUCAUCAUUGAUGAUGACGGCAUCUUCUGGGGUGAUCGACCAAUGGACUCGCUGGCUGCCAACCACCUCAAUAUGGCAAUCUAUCCGAAAGCAGUGGCAUUAUCCGUAUGGGCGUUUCUGAAGUCAUUGGCCGGGCAGACGGCUCAAGAUAUUGGCAAAGCCCUGGGGUUCAAUACGCCACCGCCACCCGAGGCCACAUGGCAGGCUGCCAUCCUCAACCGUAUCAAGGAACAGGGAGAACUCGGCACAACUGGCAAACAAACGGUCAAGGUUCCUGGGCAGCCGGACAAGUCCAACUUUCCGGUCCACACCGGCAUCAGCGAGAUUCCCGGCACACCGUUCAGUGGCGUAAGCCAGGUCGAUCCCCGAAUUCAGGCGGCUCUUCAGGCGGCUACCGUCACGUUUACGAAGAACUGGCAGACUCCGAAGCAGCCGCCCAGCAGGGGAUGUAUCAGGGUUGACGGGCUCGUAGAGUUGCAGGGAAAGUCUGCAGUCAUGGCCGUAUACGUCCUGGGAUGGUACGACCCCAAACAGCGAAAGUACAUGGGCGUUCAGACCGGUUUGAAGCACCUGAUACAACUGAAGCAAAGGCCAGCGGGUGGCGGCUAG